CACAUUCCCCCACUAACCUCACAAGGUAUUGGGAAAUAUUAGGGUUCUUCCCAAUUCCUAUCAAGCAAUUCGACGCGUUCCUACAUAGCCGCGUAAACUUGUUUUUGGGUUUGUUCGUUUCAAUCUUAGAAAUCCUGUCGGAGAGUAAAUUUGUCUGCUUGUGCUCGUGAAGAGAGAUCGAGUUUGUGAGAUAGCAAUGGAAACGGAUCUCAGUGAUUAUACCGUUAUCAAGGAAGGAGAAGCGGAGAUUCUCAUGCACAAGAAGAACCAAGUGUUCUUCAACAAGGCCCAGGUCAACAACAGGGACAUGUCUAUUGCUGUCCUAAGGGCAUUUAUAUCGAAGCGCAAACAAGAACAUGAGGCUAUGUUGUCUAAAAGAAAUAGAUCAGCUGGGAAAGUGCUUGACAAGGAUGCUUCCGAAUCUGCCACCGGAGAAGCUCCCUGUGAAAAGAACAAUAUGAAUAAUGGAAAGACUAAUGGAGAACAUGAAGUGGCACCCGAAGAUGGGCCGAGCUCCGCAUCGAAAGAACCUUCCAAGGCCGUCGAGGAAACGGGUCGGAGGGAGCUCAAGCCACCGAGAGUGCUUGAGGCACUGUCAGCUUCCGGUUUAAGGGCUUUGAGAUAUGCUCGUGAAGUUGAGGGAAUUGGUCAAGUUGUGGCACUAGACAAUGACCAAGCAUCGGUGGAAGCUUGCCGGAGGAACAUAAAGUUCAAUGGCUCGGUGGUGUCUUCAAAGGUCGAGUCUCAUCAUACUGAUGCUCGUGUAUAUAUGCUCACCCACCCAAAAGAAUUCGAUAUGGUUGAUCUCGAUCCAUACGGUUCACCAUCUAUCUUCCUCGAUUCAGCUGUCCAAUCAGUUGUUGAUGGUGGGUUGCUGAUGUGUACGGCAACUGACAUGGCAGUGUUAUGUGGAGGAAAUGGAGAGGUUUGCUAUUCCAAAUAUGGUUCUUAUCCGUUGAGAGGGAAAUAUUGUCAUGAGAUGGCUCUGAGGAUCCUCCUUGCCAGCAUCGAGAGUCAUGCAAAUCGCUACAAGCGGUACAUUGUACCUGUCCUGUCUGUGCAAAUGGAUUUCUAUGUUCGUGUUUUUGUCCGUGUCUACACCUCGGCAAGUGCAAUGAAGAACACUCCUCUCAAGCUUUCGUAUGUCUACCAAUGCACCGGUUGUGAUUCUUUUCAUCUUCAGACUGUCGGAAGAUCUCUCCCUAAGAAUAACAGUGUACGGUAUCUACCGGCAAUUGGUCCAGUUGUUCCUCAGGAUUGCAUCCAUUGCGGGAAGAAAUAUAACAUGGGUGGACCGAUAUGGUCUGCUCCCAUACACGAUCAAGAAUGGGUGGCUUCAAUCCUAAACGGUGUGAAAUCCAUGAAAGAUAGAUAUCCUGCUUAUGACCGGAUCUGUGCUGUGCUUACCACAAUUUCAGAGGAAUUACCAGAUGUUCCUCUGUUUUUGAGCUUGCACAAUCUCUGUGGAACCCUAAAAUGCACUUCACCGUCAGCUGCGAUGUUCAGAUCAGCAGUGAUCAAUGCUAAGUACCGAAUCUCGGGGACCCAUGUGAACCCACUUGGGCUUAAGACAGAUGCUCCAAUGGAAGUCAUCUGGGACAUCAUGCGUUGCUGGGUUAAAAAUCAUCCAGUGAAGGCUCAAUCACCUGAUCAGCCCGGAAGUGUGAUUCUGUCCAAGGAACCAUCUCAUCAGGCGGACUUCUCUCGUCAAGUUGGGUCGCUGAGCAAGGCACAGGCGAAGAAAGUAGCACGCUUUCUGCCGAACCCAGAAAAGCAUUGGGGUCCAAAGGUGAGGGCAGGUCGCCUUAUCACUAGCAAACACAUCUCGCUCCUUGGCCCUGAAGCUGUCAACGGCCAUCUCCACCACGACCAGGAAGAAGAGGAAGAAGACAAGGACCAGGAGGAGCGUGAUCCCAAACGCCAAAAGACAACAGAGGAUCUUUCCUCCACGUCGUAAGCCCUGUUUUGAGCUCUCUUGAGAGAAGAGAAAUGGUCUCACAUCGGAGAAGCCUCUUAUUUAGAGAAAAGCCAGUCGCCGCAGCAGCAGCAGCCAUGUGUCUUGUUUUUUGUACGACAUUUUUUUCUCUCUAUUUUUAUGCCUUUUUAUUACGGAAUAAUAAUGCCCAUUUUCAUCAAUUCUUUAUAAAUUUUUUGAUCCA